AUGAGGGAGGUGAUAAGCAUCCACAUAGGGCAGGCGGGUGUUCAGCUGGGGAACUCAUGCUGGGAGCUCUACUGCAUCGAACAUGGCAUCCAGCCGGACGGGAUCAUGGCCAGGUUCUCUCUCUCCCUCCCUCUCUCUCUCUCUCUCUCUCUCUCUCUCUCUCUCGCUAACUAUCUAUGUAUCUAUAUAUCUAGAGAGAAACGACUAUCCAGAGAAUUCCCUCUUCUUUGAGUUUGCUUUUCACCCGUCUGAGUUGAUGCCGGUGACUGUCUCUAAUUCUGCGGAUAUCUGAAAUCUCUAUCUCCCUCUUUAACUAUCUAUGUAUCUAGAGAGAAACGAUCACCCGGAGAAUUCCCUCUUCCAUGGAAGCCUCCGCUGGGCUGUUGCCGGCGAUUGUCCCCUCCAAUUCUGUGGAAUUUCCCACUCUCUCUCUCUCUCUGCGUCAAACCGGGUGUUUAGGGUUGGAAAGCCCAAUCUCGAGAACAUCUUCCCUUUUCUUCAUGGAAUUUUCCACUCGGCCUGCCCUCAGAAUCGUUUGGAACUCUCUGUCUCUCUCUCGGGUUUGAUUGAGAUCCCUUUGUGGUCGCAGCGAUGGGUCGGAGGGAGUCGCCCGGGACGCCUUCAACACCUUCUUCAGCGAGACCGGCGCCGGAAAGCAUGUCCCACGGGCCCUCUUCAUUGACCUCGAGCCCACCGUGGUGGACCAAGUCAGAACGGGCGACUACCGCCGCCUCUUCCACCCCGAGCAGCUCCUCUCCGGCCAGGAAGACGCCGCCAACAACUUCGCCCGCGGCCAUUACACCGGUGAGAAUUCCUCCCAUCCUUCCCCGUUUACCUCUCCCCCCCCCUCUCUCUCUCUCUCUCUCUCUCUCUCUCUCUCUCUCUCCACUAUCUGGUCUUCGGAUCCCGGCGUUGACUUCCCUCCGCCGGCUGCUGCAGUGGGGAGGGACAUGGUUGACCUCUGCCUCGAGCGGCUGCGCAAAUUGGCGGAAAACUGCACAGGCUUACAGGGAUUCCUAGUCUUCCACGCCUUGGGAGGAGGAACAGGGUCCGGACUGGGCUCUCUGCUCUUGGAGCAGUUGACCCUGGAUUACGGCAAGAAGUCAAAGCUCGGCUUCACUAUCUACCCUUCCCCACAGGUGGGCAUCUCAAUUUCCCUUCGCAAGUCAAAAAAAAAGAAAGUAAAAUGGGAUCUUAAAAGGUCAUUAACUUUGUCAUCAUAAUAUAUUAAUAAUACAGAUAUUAAGAUUAUUAUUAUUAUUUCUAUUAUUGGGCCAUGUUUCUCUCUCUCUCUCUCUCCUUUCUAAUUAGACUCGUUCUUCUAAUUUUUUUGAAACUUGAUUGCACAAAAAUUUAUUUAUUUGUCCAUGCCCUCUUUUCCUUUUAUCGUAAUUCUCUCCAUUUUUUUCUUGAUAAUUAAUUUAAAAUGAAAUAAUCAUAAUUAAGUAUCAUAAUGAGAUUAUUACGAUGAUUAUGUUAUUAUUAUCAUGUUAUAAUCGUUCUACUUUUCCCUUCCAAGUAAAAGAAAAAAAAAGGGACCUAAGAGGCCACCGUCUUCAUCAUCACCAUAACAAAAUAAUAAUAACAAUAAUAUAAUUAUCAUUAUCAUUAUUAUGAUGGUGUGGUCAACUGUUCAGGUGUCAACGGCGGUGGUGGAGCCGUACAACAGCGUGCUGUCAACGCACGCGCUGCUGGACCACGCGGACGUGACGGCGGUGCUGGACAACGAGGCCAUCUACGACAUCUGCCGCCGUUCCCUGGACGUGGAGCGCCCCACCUACCGCAACCUCAACCGGCUCGUGGCCCAGCUGGUCUCCUCCCUCACCGCCUCCCUCCGCUUCGACGGCCCCCUCAACGUUGACCUCUCCGAGUUCCAGACCAAUCUCGUCCCUUACCCGCGGGUCCACUUCAUGCUCUGCUCCUACGCCCCCGCCGUCUCCGCCCGGAGGGCCUUCCACGAGCAGUUCUCCGUGCCGGAGAUCACCGCCGCCGCCUUCGACCCGCAGAACAUGAUGGCCACCGUUGACCCGCGCCGCGGGAAGUACGUCGCCUGCUGCCUCAUGUACCGCGGCGACGUCGUCCCCAAGGACGUCAACUCCGCCAUCGCCGGCCUCCGCUCCCGCCGCUCCAUCCGCUUCGUCGACUGGUAAGUGGCAGUAUCUUCUUCUUCUUCUUGUACGGCAUUUCUCUCUCUCUCUCUCUCUCUCUCUCAAGAUUCCUGCUUUAUCUCUCUCGCUUUCCGGCGUUUCUCACUGUCUCACACUCUCUUUCUCUCUCUACAGGUGUCCGACGGGGUUCAAGUGCGGGAUAAACUACCAGGCGCCGGCAGUGGUGGAAGGGGGGGACAUGGCGGGGGUGAGGAGGGCGGUGUGCAUGGUGAGCAACAACACAGCGGUGGGGGAGGUGUUCGGGAGGAUCAACAGGAAGUUCGAUCUCAUGUACGCGAAGAGGGCGUUCGUGCACUGGUUCGUGGGAGAGGGGAUGGAGGAGGGGGAGUUCUCCGAAGCUCGGGAGGACCUCGCCGCCCUCGAGAAAGACUACGAGGAGAUCGCCGCCGACGACGAGGACGAUGACGAACCCGAAUCAGAUUACUACUAG